AUGAGUGUAUCCCGUUCUAAUGGAGUAAGCUCAAAUAUACCUGAAUCGUCGGACGAUUCGGAGGUUGCCGCGCUGGGAGUUCAGCCUGAGCAGAGCAAUGCACAACGUGUGGCUUCGAUACCCGCUCGACCCCCCGCACCCGCUAGACCCACACCGCCACAGAGAGCUCAAAACAAUGCCACGCCUAAUAGUGAUGUGGUUACGACAGGCAUGCAAGCUACACAGCCACUGCCGCCUGGGUGGGAGAUGCGCGUAUCAGGCAGCGGACAACCGUACUUUGUCAAUCAUCUGGAGAGACGAACACAGUGGGUGGAUCCCAGGUCAGAAAUGGCCCAAAUGCCUCUGCCCCGGGGCUGGGCCCAGGGUGUCACCAAUGAGGGCAGAGUGUACUUCAUCGACCACAACACGCGCACCACAACCUUCGAAGAUCCACGAACCAAUCGUGUGUACCAGAAAGAGUACGAGAGUUCCAUCCCUGAAUACCAACGCAAUUUCAAGUCGAAAUUGGGCAAAUUCCGCCAAUACCAAGUGGUGACGCCGCGGGUGGAGUGUCCCAUACAGGUCUCUCGCGACAACCUGUUUGAGGACAGUUUCAAUCAGAUCAUGCAUACCCCUCCCAAGCUCUUCAAAGGACGGCUUAUUGUGAACUUUAAGGAUGAGAAGGGCCUGGACUAUGGCGGUUUGCAGAAAGAAUGGUUUUUCUUACUCUCCAAUGAGAUGGUGAACCCAAAUUACUGUCUGUUCGAGUACGCCAACGAUGACCACACCACCAUUGCAAUCAAUUCAGAGUCUGGUAUCAAUCCCGAGCAUUUGGAUUAUUUCCGCUUUAUCGGCCGAGUGAUUGGUUUGGCUAUCUUCCACGGACGGUUCAUCGACAUUGGUUUUACGCUGCCGUUGUACAAACAAAUGCUCAACAAACCACUGACGAUGAAUGAUUUGGAGCAGAGCGAUCCCGAAUUCCACAAGAAUUUACAAUGGAUGCUAGAUAACGAGAUCAAGGAUGUGCUGGACUUGACCUUUUCCGUCGACUACCAAAGGUUUGGACAGCUGGUGUCUCACGAUUUGAAGGAGAAUGGCUCGGAAAUCGAAGUCACGGACGACAACAAGGCUGAAUACGUGCAGCUCGUCGUCAAGUGGCGGUUAACGCGCGGUAUCUCGGAACAGUGGGAGGCUCUGAAAUCAGGAAUCAGCGACGUCAUCAACAUAGACCAACUGUGUAUAUUCGAUGAGAAGGAGCUAGAGGUGCUCAUCUGUGGGGUGAAUGAGAUAGACGUGUCUGAUUGGGAGGAUAAUACCAUAUAUAAGAACUACUCUCCGGACUCGCAACCUAUCAAGUGGCUGUGGGAGAUACUUCAAGAAUGGGACAACGAAAAGCGGGUGCGCUUCCUGCAGUUUGUGACGGGCACCUGCCGCGUGCCGCUGGGAGGGUUCAGGGAUUUGCAAGGGAGCACGGGAAUACAGUUGUUCUGUGUAGAACGCAUUGGCACGCCGGAGUGGCUGCCACGAAGUCAUACGUGCUUCAAUCGACUGGACUUGCCACCGUACGAGAGCAAAGAACAAAUGUCAAUGAAGUUAGCACUGGCUGUGGAGGAGACGGAGGGCUUUGCGAAUGAGUAAAUGAGUAAUGGAGUAAAUACGUGGAUUAGAUCUGUGGAAUGGAG